UAUUAGCAGCCUAUCAGAUUGAUUCUCUAAAUCGUUGCUUCAGUUUGAUUCGGAGAAGGAUGACGGUCGGAGCAGGUAUAUCGAUUACAGAUCGGAAGCUGAAUGUGUUCGCGAAUCCUGUGUUAACGGACGUACAUGACAAUGUUUUCGUCACUUUAUCAACCGGCGACGGGAUGAUCAAUGGCGCCUUCAUCGGUGUGCAAUCGUCCCUGACUGGUAGUCGCAUGGUUUUUCCCGUCGGAAAACUCGAGGGAUUGAGGUUUAUGUCUGUGUUCCGCUUCAAAUUGUGGUGGAUGACACAGAGAAUGGGAACAUGUGGUCAGGAUAUUCCAACUGAGACUCAAUUCCUUAUAGUUGAAACCAAUGACGGUUCACAUUUUGGUGAAGAUAAUGAAGUUACUGAUGGAUGCCACCAAUCUGCUCUAUACACUGUCUUCUUGCCCAUUCUUGAGGGUGAUUUUAGAGCGGUUAUACAAGGAAAUGCCAAUAAUGAGUUGGAGAUUUGCUUGGAAAGUGGGGAUCCUGCCGUGAAAGAAUUUGAAGGGAGUUAUCUGGUUUUUGUGGCUGCUGGAUUGGAUCCGUUUGAUGUUAUCACCAACGCAGUCAAGAGUGUAGAGAGACAUUUACAGACAUUUUGUCAUCGCGAACGAAAGAAGAUGCCUGACAUAUUAAAUUGGUUUGGGUGGUGCACAUGGGAUGCUUUCUACACUGAUGUUACUUCUGAAGGUGUGAGACAAGGGCUUGAGAGUUUCGAGAAAGGAGGAAUUUCCCCAAAAUUUGUAAUCAUUGAUGAUGGAUGGCAAUCUGUUGGUAUGGAUCCAGCUAGUGUUGAAGCUAAAGCAGAUAAUACAGCUAAUUAUGCAAAUAGGUUAACUCAUAUCAAAGAGAACCACAAAUUCCAGAAAGAUGGUAAAGAAGGUCACCGAGUGGAGGAUCCAUCCAUGGGACUCCGUCACGUUGUCACGGACAUUAAAGAACACCAUAACAUCAAGUAUGUUUAUGUGUGGCAUGCGAUAAUUGGAUAUUGGGGUGGAGUGAGACCUGGAGUGGCGGAAAUGGAACAUUAUGAUUCCAAGUUGUGUUUCCCGGUUUCAUCUCCAGGAAUGGAGUGGAAUGAGAAGUGUGAUGCGUUGGAAGCCAUUACCAAAAACGGGCUUGGUCUUGUGCACCCUGAGAAAGUGUUCAACUUCUACAACGAGUUGCACUCAUAUCUAGCGUCUACUGGGGUUGAUGGUGUGAAAGUAGAUUCACAAAACAUUCUUGAAACACUUGGAGCGGGACAUGGUGGUCGAGUGAAACUUGCCAGGAAGUACCACCAUGCAUUGGAGGCUUCCAUUUCCAGGAACUUCCCUGAUAACGGAAUCAUUUCUUGCAUGAGUCACAACACCGAUGGUUUGUACAGCGCAAAGAGGACAGCUGUUAUAAGGGCAUCAGAUGAUUUCUGGCCAAGGGUUACAGCUUCCCACACAGUCCAUAUUGCUUCUGUUGCUUACAACACCAUCUUUCUUGGAGAGUUCAUGCAGCCCGACUGGGAUAUGUUUCAUAGCCUGCAUCCGAUGGCUGAAUACCAUGGUGCUGCUCGUGCAGUGGGUGGCUGUGCUAUUUAUGUCAGUGACAAGCCUGGGCAUCACGACUUCAAUUUGUUAAAGAAGCUUGUGCUUCCUGAUGGAUCGAUAUUAAGGGCGAAACUUCCAGGGAGGCCAACUAGAGAUUGCUUGUUUUGCGAUCCCACCAGAGAUGGAAAAAGUCUUUUGAAGAUCUGGAAUUUAAAUAAUUUGAGUGGAGUGGUGGGAGUUUUCAACUGCCAGGGAGCAGGGUGGUGUAAAGAUGGAAAGAAGAUCCUGACCCACGAUGAGCGACCAGGCACCAUCACUGGCAUCAUCCGAGCUGAAGAUGUGAAUUACUUGCAUACAGUUGCAGAUUCUAGUUGGGGUGGAGAUGCCAUUGUAUAUAGUCACCUUGGUGGAGAACUGGUUUACCUUCCAAAGAAUGCAUCUAUCCCAGUAACAUUGAAACCUAGAGAAUAUGAGGUUUUUACGGUGGUUCCUGUCAAGACAAUAUUGUCAGGUGGAGGUGGGAAUGGGAUUGGUUUUGCUCCCAUUGGCCUGAUUCAAAUGUUUAACUCUGGAGGUGCGAUUGUGGAGGUAAAGUAUGAUGAUGAGAUAGAGGAACAAUUAGGAACCGUUUGGUUGAAAGUUAGAGGAGGCUGUGGUGGUCUGUUUGGAGCAUAUUCAACCACAAGACCAAAAAGUGUCACCAUUGAUUCAAAUUCCAAAGAUGCCGCCGAGUUUGGGUAUCAAGAGGAAACUGGAUUGAUUACUAUCAAACUACCAACUACUGUUCCAGACAAAGAGUUGUACAACGCAUGGAACAUCACCAUUCAAGUGUGAACAAGAACUGAUUUGUAUAUUACAAGUUCAACUGCCGAUUUACUAUGUUGUUAUAUGCAUCCUUUUCAUUCUCACUCUAAAUUGGAUACAUC